CAUGUCUUCGAAUGAGGCCUACCACGAGCCGGGCGCCGGUGGCGAUGGACCGGGCGAGUCCGCCGGUGGCUCCGCCGGAGGCAGUCAGCGGAACAGCCAUCUGCACCACCAGCAGAUACUCAACGAGACGACCUAUCUGAAACCCGCCGCCAAGCAGGCCUACUUCAGCGAUGAGAAGGUCCUCAUACCCGACGAUGAUCGCACAAAUGUUGGUUUCAGCUUUCGCAAGCUGUGGGCCUUCACGGGACCCGGUUUUCUGAUGUCCAUUGCGUAUCUGGAUCCCGGCAACAUCGAAUCCGAUAUGCAGUCUGGUGCGGCGGCCAAGUACAAGAUCUUGUGGGUCUUGCUGUGGGCCACCGUCCUGGGUCUACUUAUGCAACGCUUGGCUGCAAGACUGGGUGUUGUGACAGGCCUCCAUCUGGCCGAGAUGUGCUACAGGCAGUACAAGCGCCUGCCACGUUGGAUCCUCUGGAUAAUGAUUGAGAUAGCCAUUAUUGGUUCAGACAUGCAGGAGGUUAUCGGCACGGCCAUCGCCAUAUACCUGCUGUCCAAUAAAGUUGUGCCUUUGUGGGGCGGCGUGUUGAUAACCAUUGUCGACACGUUCACGUUCCUCUUUCUGGACAAAUACGGUCUACGCAAGCUGGAGUUCCUAUUCGGCACACUCAUCACCAUAAUGGCUAUCUCCUUCGGAUAUGAGUACAUCGUGUCAGCCCCCAAUCAAGGCGAAGUUCUCGAGGGGAUGUUUGUGCCCUGGUGCUCCGACUGCAAUUCCAACGUUUUGCUGCAGGCGGUUGGCGUAGUGGGUGCUGUCAUAAUGCCCCACAAUCUCUACCUGCACUCGGCCUUGGUUAAGUCCCGCGAUAUAGAUCGUCGCCAGCCAAAGAAAGUAAGCGAGGCGAAUUUCUACUUCUUUAUAGAGGCAUCGGUAGCUCUGUUUGUGUCCUUCAUUAUUAAUCUGUUUGUGGUGGCUGUGUUUGCGCAUGGCAUGUACGGCAAAACGAACCAUGAUGUGCUUGAAGUGUGCAAAGACAAGUCCAUGUACGAAGAUGCCAAAAUGUCAUUUGUGGACAAUGUGAAUGGAACUGCCAUCAUCGAUGCGGAUUUGUACAAGGGUGGACUCUUCCUGGGCUGCACCUUCGGCGCCGUGGCCAUGUACAUUUGGGGCGUGGGCAUUCUGGCCGCUGGUCAGAGCUCUACCAUGACGGGCACCUAUGCGGGUCAGUUCUCCAUGGAGGGAUUCCUGAACCUGCAGUGGCCGCGUUGGUGCCGCGUGCUGGUCACGCGCUGCAUUGCCAUCAUUCCCACCUUCUGCCUGGCCAUGUUCAGCAAGAUGGAGGAUCUGACCAGCAUGAACGACAUCCUGAAUGCCGUGAUGUCGCUCCAGCUGCCAUUCGCUGCCAUACCAACCAUUGCAUUCACCUCGUGCGCCGCCAUCAUGGGCGAGUUCGUCAAUGGAUUGGGCAACAAAAUCGUGUCCAUACUGCUCACCAUUGUUGUGAUUGGUGUAAAUCUGUACUUUGUGGUGGUCCAGGUGGAGAGCAUGGAAAUUAAAGGCGGCCUGCUGGCCCUAGUCUGCAUAUUUGCCAUUCUUUAUUUACUGUUUAACCUAUACCUUGUGAUACACAUGGCUGCCUGCAUGGGCAAUCAGCGUCUGAUGAACAGUCGGUGGGUGCAGCGCUUCGUGUUGCCAAGCCAGAACAGCUUUUCGAUAAAGAACGCCAACUCGACGUAUGCCAGGAUUGCCACUAGUGGCGACCAGGAGGCGGAGGGCGUGGACGGAGAGGAUGCGUAGCCAUUACUGUGCUGCACUGAUUCCGAUGGCAGUGAGGAGGUUUGUUUCACCAACAGCAACAACAACGAGCUGGGCUGCCCCAGCAGCAACCUGAACGGCACUGGGGGUCAGCACGUGGUCCUCAGCUAGCGGCGGCGUUCGAAUUGGCUCCGUGAAUGCCGCCUCCGCCGUAACAAACCCCUCGGCAGCGGACACAAUGUGGCAGAGUUCUCCAGGGCCAGCUGGCGGAGAUGGGAUUGGCGUCCGUUGUCGCUUCGGGUAUUCUCUUUUGAGGGGUCCUCCCAGAGGACCUGGGAUCAGUGUAACACAAUAACUAAAUUCUAAUUUAAUGGAUACCAAAAAAGGGUAAUGAACACUACUUACUGAAAAGCGAUGAGAGACAAACAAAAAAUCCAUGAGAUCGUCUAAAUUAUCACUAACCGAAAGCACUUUUAAUUAAAGCAAGUAGUUAUAAAGUCUAUUAAUAAUAAGGCUGUGAAAUUAACUGAGCGUAGAUCGAACCACAUUUCUAAUCGUGUUUAAAUUUGUCUGUAAAAUUGUAUCAUUGUGUCGCUGUAUGGAACGCGCGUAGUAAUUAUUUAUCAAAUUUUUAAAAGAGAACUUUGUACUUUGUAUUUUUUGUACUGUUUAACCUAAAAACUCCCGCUUUAAAGCUGCACUUUUUAAUGUAAACUAAAGGUCCAGUGGAGUCCACCAUCUCCUAGCUAGCCGCAUACAUAUAUUUUAAAAUUGUUGUGUACAAAAAUCGCUAUAAAUAAAAAACUGUAUUAUACUAUGAAUAA